AUGGCUGUCGACAUGGAACAACAACCGCUGAGGGUUACAAUCAUCGGAGCUGGCAUUGCUGGGCUGACUGCGGCGCUUGCACUCCGAAAACAGGGACAUGUGGUUACGGUGCUCGAAAGAUCCCGAUUCGCUGUCGAGACCGGUGCUGCCAUGCAUAUGGCACCAAAUGCCACAGCACUCUUGGAAUGGAUGGAUAUUCGCCCUAGUGAGGUCGGCGGAACUCUCUUGAGACAGAUGCGUCGCUUCGACUCGAGUGGUAACCUCAUCCACACAAAAGUAUUCGGGCCGGAAGACAGAAGCCACUGGCAAACAGAAUGGUACCUUGUACAUCGCGUUGAUCUUCACAACAAGUUGAAGUCUGAGUCGACAUCAACAUCCAGACCUGGUGUUCCUGUCAAGCUUCAUUUGGCCUGCAAGGUCUCGGACAUUGACAUCUCCAACGCCAGUGUAACACUUGAAGACGGGCAGACGUUCGAAGGCGACGUCCUUCUGGGUGCAGAUGGUCUCCACUCAUUCACACGAAAGCUCAUCUCUGGUGACAUCAAACCAUACGCCGUUGGUAAAUCAGCCAUGCGAUGGCUGGUACCGAAAGAGACACUCUUGGCUGACCCAAGAACGGACCGUGUGUCUAUCGAGACACCUGGUGCUUUUGUCGAAUGGUCGGCUCCAGACCGUCGUCUGGUGGCAUACCCAUGCUCUGAUGACAAAAUCAUGAACAUGUGUGCUUUUGCUCCUUCAUCGGAGUUCCAGGAUCCAGAUUCGAUCGGCGAAGAUGCAUACAAUACUUCUGGAAACAGAGAUCUGAUGCUUCGUGCUUUCAAAGACUUCUGUCCCGCAGUCCAUGCUGCUAUGGAGAACUCUGGGGACAGUCUCAAGAUCUGGGAUAUGUACGACAUGAAGACUUUGCCUAAAUGGUGUGAUGGCCCUUCUGCUAUCAUCGGCGAUGCUGCUCACCCUUUCCAACCAUACAUGGGCCAGGGCGGCGCUAUGGCUAUUGAGGAUGCAAUCUCGGUCGCUGUACUCCUUCCUCUCGGAACCACUAAACAGCAGAUUCCUGAACGCUUGCGCUUGUACGAGAAAUGUCGCAAGGAGCGCAACGAACUUGUCUUGAUGUAUACCCGUAUGAACGGCAGAGACGAAGGUGAUGAUUCUGUGAGGAGGAUGACUGCCAAGGAUUUGGUCGACUGUAUGACCAUGUGCGUGAUGCACAACGAACGAGCCUCGUCGAUGGAAGCCUUGUCCAAAGCCGCAGCCAUCGCUGUGUGA